CUAUCACGUGUAAACGUUUCGUUAAGAUGGAUGUGAUAAAGGCAAUUCAGCAUUAUGCAGACAAGUUGAUCAACGAUGUACCUGGGAUGAAGGCACUUCUGUUAGAUACGGAGACAACACCCAUCAUCUCUCUUGUGACAACCCAAUCCCAUCUACUUACGAAAGAGUGCUAUCUAAUCGACCGAAUUGAUAACAGAAAUAGAGAUAAAAUGAAUCAUCUCAAAUGUGUUUGUUUCUUGAGACCUACCCGUGAAACACUACAAUAUUUGAUUGCUGAACUGAAAGAGCCCUCUUAUGGCGAUUACUAUAUUUAUUUCAGCAAUAGUAUCAGAAAAUCAGAUAUUGAACAAUUAGCUGAAGUAGAUGAACAUGAAGUGAUUCGAGAAGUUCAGGAGUAUUUUGGGGAUUAUCUCGCCAUCAACUCCGAGCUAUUCUCCCUUGGUCAAGAUGUUCGUUAUAUGUUUGGUAACAGUGUAAAUGAAUGGAACCAUGAUACGUUUGAACAGACUGUGAAAGGCAUUUCGUCUGUUCUGCUAAGUUUGAAGAGGAAGCCUACUAUUCGUUAUGAACGAGGUUCAGCACUAGCGAAAAAAUUAGCUUUGGAGAUAACAAAUACCAUUCAUUCAGAAGGGCAACUGUUCGAUUUUAGAAGACCAGAUACACCACCUAUAUUGCUAAUUUUGGAUAGAAAAAACGAUCCAGUCACUCCAUUAUUGACGCAGUGGACAUAUCAAGCAAUGGUACAUGAAUUGAUUGGAAUUCAGCAUGGAAGAGUCGACAUGAGUAAUGUACCUGAAGUAAGAAAUGAAAUGAAGGAAAUAGUAUUGUCCCCAGAUCAAGAUCCUUUCUUUAAAAAAUCUAUGUACCUGAAUUUGGGCGAUUUAGGUGCCACGAUCAAACAGUAUGUGGAUGAAUAUCAAACAAAAACAAAAUCAAAUAUGAAUAUAGAAUCCAUUGCAGAUAUGAAGCGAUUUGUAGAGGAGUAUCCAGAAUUCAGAAAAUUAUCAGGGAAUGUAUCCAAGCAUGUUGCCUUGGUGAGUGAACUCAGUAGGCGCGUGGCUCAAGACCAUCUGUUGGAAAUAAGUGAACUGGAACAAGAUCUAGCCUGCAAUGAAAAUCAUAGCAAAGAUCUGAAGAGUAUUCAAAGGUUGAUUGAGUCGCCUACUAUUGAUGAAGAUUCAAAGGUUCGACUCGUACUACUCUAUGCUCUCAGAUACGAACGAAUGUCAAAUAACAUGAUAAAGUCGUUGAUUGGCUUAUUGGAUAAAGUAGGAGUGAACGAGCGAAAAAGCGCUCUUGUACCUGCAAUCUUAUUUUAUGCAGGUUACCAACAAAGACAAGAUGAUCUAUUUUCCAACCAAUCAUUCCUAUCUCGUGGUAAAAGUGCCUUGAAAGGCUUGAAAGGCGUUGAAAACGUUUAUACUCAACAUACACCACAUCUUGGAGAUACUUUAGAUCUGCUUAUCAAAGCAAGACUUAAAGAGACAGAUUAUCCGUUUGUGACAGAUGAUGGUAGUAAUCUGGUUCGGGAAAGACCACAAGAUAUUAUCGUGUUUGUUUGUGGUGGUGUUACGUUUGAAGAAGCAAAAUAUAUAGCACAACUGAAUGUAUCAACUCCAGGUGUCCGUAUUGUGAUAGGUGGAAACAAUAUCUUGAAUUCUAAGACUUUUUUACAGCAAUUGAGCCAAGUUGGCGAGAAAUUCAUGUCACUCAAAUAAAAAUAAAAAAACUCCUAAAAAUUGUGUAUCCCUUCGAA